UAGUUUCCUACUAUACCCACAUCCGUCCUGUUUUUUGACAGUGUUGUGAUAAUAAACUCCGUCGUGGUUAAAAAAACAUCAUCAAAUUAACGAAAAAAAUCGAAAUAUAUCAAUCAAAAUUAACUUAAAACAGCCACAACGCCAAUGUCUAAACGUCGAAUAGAAACGAUAGACCCGUUCAUAAAGAAAAAACGGGAGGAACGUGGAAUAAGUACUGCGGUGAUUCCAGCGGCUAGUGUCAACGCUGGGAUGAAUCCACUUACAGGGGGUCCAUUCACUCCUCGUUAUCAUGAACUUUUCCGGAAACGAAUCACCCUCCCCGUUUUUGAGUAUCGCAACGAUUUUAUGAGGUUACUCAACGAGCAUCAAUGUAUUGUUUUGGUUGGUGAGACCGGGUCUGGGAAGACGACGCAAAUUCCGCAAUGGUGUGUUGAGUAUGCUAAAUCGGUUGGAAUAAAAGGGGUUUGUUGCACUCAACCAAGAAGAGUGGCUGCCAUGUCGGUUGCGCAAAGAGUUUCGGAGGAAAUGGAUGUCGCUUUGGGACAGGAAGUUGGUUAUAGUAUUCGAUUUGAGGAUUGUUCGUCAGCUAAAACCAUUUUAAAAUAUAUGACAGAUGGUAUGUUACUUCGCGAAGGAAUGAGCGAUCCAAUGUUAGACGCUUACCAAUGCAUCCUCCUCGACGAAGCUCACGAACGUACUUUAGCAACUGAUAUAUUAAUGGGGGUUUUAAAAGAAGUUAUUAAACAACGUAAAGAUUUAAAAUUAGUUAUUAUGUCUGCUACAUUAGAUGCGGGAAAAUUCCAACAAUAUUUUGAUAAUGCCCCAUUAAUGAACGUUCCUGGGCGAACUCACCCGGUUGAAAUAUUUUAUACCCCCGAAGCAGAAAGGGAUUAUUUAGAAGCUGCAAUUCGAACCGUCAUUCAAAUCCACAUGUGUGAAGAAAUCGCCGGAGAUAUUUUAUUAUUUUUAACGGGACAAGAAGAGAUAGAAGUCGCUUGUAAACGUAUCAAAAGAGAAAUUGAUAAUUUAGGGCCGGAAGUGGGUGAAUUAAAAUGUAUCCCUCUUUAUUCAACACUCCCCCCGAAUUUACAACAACGAAUUUUUGAAGAACCACCCCCAAAUAAAUCUUCGGGGGCCAUUGGAAGGAAAGUUGUUGUUUCGACGAACAUCGCAGAAACCUCUUUAACAAUAGAUGGCGUUGUUUUCGUGAUCGACCCCGGUUUUGCAAAGCAAAAAGUUUAUAAUCCGAGAAUUCGAGUUGAAAGUUUGUUGGUUUCACCGAUUAGUAAAGCGUCGGCUCAACAGAGGGCGGGAAGAGCUGGGAGAACAAAACCGGGAAAAUGUUUCCGAUUAUACACUGAGAAAGCGUACAAAACCGAAAUGCAAGAUAAUACUUAUCCGGAAAUAUUAAGAUCGAAUUUGGGUUCAGUUGUUUUGCAGUUGAAGAAGUUGGGGAUUGACGACUUGGUUCAUUUUGAUUUUAUGGAUCCUCCUGCGCCGGAAACGUUGAUGCGAGCGUUGGAAUUAUUGAAUUAUUUGGCGGCGUUGGAUGAUGACGGGAAUUUAACUGAUUUGGGGGCUGUUAUGGCCGAGUUUCCGUUGGACCCGCAAUUGGCGAAGAUGUUGAUCGCAAGUUGCAAUCAUAAUUGUUCGAAUGAGAUCUUAUCGGUCACUGCAAUGUUGUCAGUCCCACAGUGUUUCGUGCGCCCGAACGAGGCGAAGAAGGCGGCCGACGACGCAAAGAUGCGUUUCGCGCAUAUCGACGGAGAUCAUCUCACCUUACUCAACGUUUACCACGCCUUCAAACAAAAUAUGGAGGAUCCACAGUGGUGUUAUGACAAUUUCAUAAACUAUCGUAGUUUGAAAUCUGCCGACAACGUCCGACAGCAACUUUCACGCAUUAUGGACCGGUUCAAUUUGAAACGAACUUCCACAGACUUUACUAGUAAAGAUUAUUACAUUAACAUACGAAAAGCAUUAGUGAACGGUUUCUUUAUGCAGGUUGCACAUUUAGAACGUACUGGACAUUAUUUAACAAUAAAAGAUAACCAAAUGGUCCAACUACAUCCAUCGACAUGUUUAGAUCAUAAACCAGAGUGGGUUAUCUAUAACGAGUUCGUUUUAACGACCAAAAAUUAUAUACGAACGGUUACGGAUAUAAAACCUGAUUGGCUUUUAAAAAUAGCCCCACAAUACUACGACUUACAAAAUUUCCCGCAAUGCGAAGCUAAAAGGCAAUUGGAAAUUCUUCAAAAUCGACUCGAUUCGAGACAGUACCAACAAGGAUUUUAAAAAAAAAAGAAAUAUUUUUUUUUGUUUUUAACAAAACGUGUUCUUUUAGAUUUUUUUCGUUCAUUAUUUUAAGUUUUUGAGGAUACACAAACUGUUAGGUAGUCAGUCCCUAUCCUUCCUUAGCCCAAUAAAAAGGCAUUUAGAUCUUAUUGAGUAAUAAGAACCAAACUGUUCGUUUUUCCCAAGAACGUUUGUCGUCGUCAUUAAAAAAUUUAAAAAAAAACGCACCGAAUAGUAAUGGUUAAAAUAAUAAAGAAUAAUUAUUAAUUUGUUGUUAUAAAAUCAUGUAAUAAUUGUAUUGUCCAUUCCAAAAAAAAUAAUACAAAAUAUUUAAAAAUAUAA